UUCCAGUAUGGAGGGAGAGAAAAAGAACUAAACAUAAAUGUGACAGUUUGCUAUCAACAUUAGUCAACAAUUUGCUGUUAAUGUUGUCCUAUUGUAUGGCAAUUCAUCCAGGAAGGGUGUUAUUUGCAUUGCUGUAUAUGUUUUACCAAUUUUGUUAGGUGGAAAAUGUCUAACCAUCUAAUUGUCUUCUUUUAGGUUUGGGCCAAGGGAAAGUAAGAAGGCAAUGAUGUAUAGUGAUACAGGACGCUUAAAUUGUAACAUUAGUUACACAACUUUUGCCACCCCUGAUCAUGGACAGGGAUCAGACAACAAGGAGCUUUCCUCAAUGCUACAUAAAGCUUUAGAGGGUGCUAUAAUUCUGGAAUCCUUCCCAAAGACUACUGUGGAUGUUUUUGCUUUGGUAUUGGAAUCUGGUGGAAGUGAUCUCCCUGUGGUCAUAUCAUGUGCUAGUCUAGCUUUAGCAGAUGCGGGAAUUUUGCUGCAUGACUUGGUUGCCUCAGUUUCUGUGUCUUGUCUUGGAAAGAACCUCGUCAUUGAUCCCAUUUCUGAGGAAGAAAGCUACCAAGAUGGAAGCUUAAUGAUUACUUGUAUGCCUUCACGUAAUGAGGUCACUCAACUGUCUAUAACUGGAGAAUGGUCAACACCAAAGACUAAUGAGGCAAUGGAGCUAUGCCUUGGUGCUUGUUCCAAACUGUGUGAGGUUAUGCGAUCAUGUUUGAAAGAUGCUGUUACUGAUUCAAAAGAAUAGACCAUGGUACGUGUGUAGGUCAAAAUUACAGAAUUAGAUAUUAGUUUGCUCCUACCAGGCCGGUAAAUUUGCAAUUCCAGAUUAAAGUUUUCCACACUGCCUGAUUUUUCCCUGUGAAAUUUGUCAAUCAAAGGUUUUGGUUUGCUAAUUAGGUUCUCGGUUAGAAUGCUUGAUGAUAAUGAAGCAUUUUUAGAUAUAUUGGCACGAAUAUUAAAAUGAAGCAUUUGUUUAAAUAUUCAGUCAAGGUCUAGUAUAGCAGUAGAAAUACUUGUUGAAAAACAAAGCAGAUGCCACACUAACUGCCACAGUAUCGCCAUAAAUACCAAACGGAUGGUUAUUGUUGUUACAGUCACAUUGCCUUGUAAUAUUGAUGGAAUUGAACAGGCAUUUCUUUGUGGAUCCUUUACUCUCUGGCGGUCAAAAUAUCCAUAAUCACAGACGGCUUCUCAAGACUGCACACAUAUCUCCAGCACGCUUCUUGCCUCUCAAUUGAUAGAAGAUACCAGCAAGCUCCCAGUACCUUCAUUUGCGAAAAGCAAAAUGGCUGCUUAUAUGUUUAAUUUUUUUAUGGAGGGAGGAUUUCAGUUUCAUAAACAAACCAAUUUUCAUAAGACAUGAAUGAUUGUGACGCCUAUGAUGCGAGGACAGCUGGUGAGGGCGGAUUAAGGUGAAUGACUGGUAGACUUAUAGGCUGGGAAGUUUUUGAAAAUGGGGUUGUUUAUAAUACCAUAGGCAAAUCCCAUGUUGGAAAGGGAAGAGAAAGUGAAAUGCUAUAUAAGACAAAGCACAAUUUCACAUGGUGUGCAUGCUUUCGGCUUGAUGUGGCAUAGCCAAAAAUUUGUGAGGUUUGUUGGCCAAAACAGACAAUAUGUACCAUGGUCUUGGACUGUGAGAAAGAUAUAAACUCAUUUGUGUACUGCAAUAGCGAAAUGAACUUCAUAUGUACUAGAAAAUAUCUAGUGCAGUACAGCAUUAUUUUAGCAUGAGA